AGUUGUUUCUUUUAUAUUAAUAGAUUCUUCUCUUCAUACACUUCCUUAUCUUAGCUGGCCCUUCGUUUUCUUUCCUUUUCAUUUUUUUUUUCUUGUUAAUUGGUCCCCAUCUCUUCUUCCUGUUCUCUCUUCUUUCUUCCUCUCUCUCACAUGUUCUCCAGUUACUAAAAUUUAGUUAUUCUUUUCACCAUUAAUUCACAAAAUCAAAGCCUCCAGAAUAGUAUUUGGUCGAAAAUCCAUUGAUUCCCAACUGGGUUUCUUGGAUACCAAAGUUCACUUCAUUGAUCAAUGAAUAGAAGUUCUGGAAAAUCAAAUUUUGUUUCUCCCUUUCUGGGUUUCCUCUGACUGAAACCAAUUUUCCAAAAGAUCUUCGCUUUUCAUUGUUUUUAGACUUAAUUCACAGUGCAGAAAAUUAGUUCAGAUGGAGCCAAUGAAGUCGAAGAUUAAAGAAAUGUUUGCUCCAGCCAAGAAGAGCGGUGUCGGUGGUGGAGGAAAAAUGAAUGUUGAAGACUUGGAAAUCACACCAGGAGGAAUGUUGGUUCAAAAGAGAGAUUCUGGUUCCAAUCAAACCCCAAUUUCAAUCCCCACCAUCAAAGUUAGAGUCAAAUUUGGUUCUUCAUUUCGAGAGAUUUAUAUCAGUUCAACAGCAAGUUUUGGGGAAUUGAAGAAAAUGCUCUCAGAACAUACUGGAUUGCAUCAAGAGGAUCAGAAACUGAUAUACAAGAAGAAAGAGAGAGAUUCAAAGGAAUUUUUAGAUGUUGCAGGAGUCAAGAAUGGAUCAAAGCUUGUUUUAAUGGAGGACACAGCGAGCCGGGAAAGACGGUGCCUUGAGACCCUUAGAAAUGCCAAGAUUAACAAGGCUUCAAAAUCCAUAACCCAAAUCAGGUUUGAGAUUGACAAACUCUCUGAACAGGUCACAGCUUUAGAAGCAACAGCUUCAUCUAGAGAUGGAAAAGUUUAUGAAAAGGAAGUGACUGAUUUGACUGAACUGUUGAUGAGUAAAUAUGUUGUAUUGGAUGGUAUUGUUGUUAAGGGAGAUCUGAAUUUGCAAAAGAAAAUGCAGGAGAGGAGAGUUCAAAUGUGUGUAGAGACUCUUGACAAGUUGAAGUUACAUAAGAAUUCAAUCCCUAACAGUAGUGGAAAAGGCCAUUCAAAUGGGGAAAUGCAGAUGCCAAAACCAAUGCAAAAGCCAGAGGCGGAAUUGAAGCAGAGGAACUUGACACAGCAAAUGCCAGUGCAGAUGCAGAUGCAGAGGCAACAAUCUGGGCAGCUGGAGUCUGUCGUGGUCGCGACAAAAUGGGAAACUUUUGAUUAAAAUGUGGUGAUGAUGGUAUCUACUUCUGCAUCCACUACCAUGGUUUUCAAUACAAAUCGUGGAAGCUGGGAAUUCUUUAAGCAACUGUAGAGUCAAGAGUGUUUUCUUUUGCAGAUUUGUUUGUGAAGGUCGAUACAGUAUUUCAUGUUUACAAAACUCUCAUCACUUCACAGUGUCUGAAAUUCAAUUCUGGUCAUUUUGAUUCAAAGAUGUAUUUUCCUUUGACAGAAUUGGGUUCCUUGCAAAUUGUGUAUAGCAAAUAAGCAUAUGAAGUGAUAACGGGGUGAGAAGUUUUUUCCUCUCUUUCUUUU